AUGCAGGACACCUGGAAGGCUAGCAAGGCCGAGGAGAUCCACGGGUACGCGGACAGCAACGAAUGGAAGAAUUUCUUCUCCGCAAUCAGAGCUGUCUACGGUCCGCCAACUAAAGCAACUACACCUCUUCUUAGCGCCGACGGCAGUAUCCUACUCACUGAGAAGACGCAGUUUCUACAGAGAUGGGCAGGGCACUUCCGAGGCGUCCUCAACCGUCCCUCCACCAUCUCCGAUGCCGCCAUCGAGCGUUUGCCGCAAGUGAAGACCAACGUGGACCUUGACCUCCCGCCAUCUCUCCAGGAGACCAUCAGGGCCGUGCAGAAGCUCUCCAUCGGGAAAGCACCCGGAUCGGACGCAAUCCCUGCUGAGGUCUACAAGCACGGAGGUCUCCAACUGGUGGAUCACCUGACUGCGCUCUUCCAGGAGAUGUGGCGUUAA